AUGUCUUUUUUUGUGGUAAGCUUCUGGUUUCUGGUGGUGGUGUGUGGAGCUUUUUACCUUUAUACUAGAAGUGCCGUCCAAGUGUUCAUUAAGGACCAUUCCUUCUACACAUUUAAAAGGACUUACAUAAUUGUUUAUCUGCUGGCCAUGGCUGGAGACUGGCUGCAGGGUCCCCAUGUUUAUGCUCUUUAUGAAAGCUAUGGCAUGACAGUUCACCAGAUCGAGCUGCUGUUUGUAGCUGGAUUUGGGUCCAGCAUGUUAUUUGGCACCUUCAUUGGUUCUUUUGCUGAUAAAUUUGGGCGUCGUUUCAACUGCAUCAUCUAUGGUAUUUUGUACUGUUUGUCAUGUGUUACAAAACAUUUUCCUAACUUUUACAUAUUGUUCUGUGGACGGAUCCUUGGAGGAAUUGCCACUUCCAUUUUGUAUAGUGCCUUUGAAUCUUGGUUGAUUCAUGAAUUCAAUGCUAAAAACUUUGACCAAAAUCUCUUAGGCAGCAUUUUCAGCUCAGCUGUUCUUGGUAAUUCUUUAAUUGCAAUUGCUAUGGGUUUGGUGGCUCAAUUUGUUGCUGACAUGUUUGGAUUUGUAGCUCCAUUUGAUGUGUCCAUGUCUGUUCUUGCAAUAAUGAUUCUGGUCAUUGUGUUUGCAUGGACUGAGAAUUAUGGUGACCAGAACAUUGAUCUUAGUCAGUCUCUGAACAAUGCUCUCAUAUCUAUUCGGACUGAUUUCAAAAUCUUGUGCCUUGGCUUGAUCCAGUCAUUAUUUGAAGGUUCUAUGUAUGUGUUUGUCAUUGAGUGGACCCCAGCACUAAGUAGUGCUAUUAGCAGUACUGUUUCAACAAGUGCCAACAUUCCCAAAGCAACCAUUCCUCAUGGAAUCAUCUUUGCUUCUUUUAUGCUUUGCAUCAUGAUUGGUUCUUCUCUCUUUAAGCUGCUUUCAAAAUAUAGUUCUGUGGAAUCUUUUAUGCGAAUAGUUCUUUUAAUCUCAGCAUUGACAUUUUUGAUGCCAGUCAUGUUCCCAUUGAACCAGUGCAUAAUAUUUGUAGCUUUCCUUCUUUUUGAAGUUUGUGUUGGAAUUUUCUGGCCAUCAUUAAGUACAAUGCGAGGAAAAUAUGUUCCAGAAAACACUCGAGCUACAAUCAUGAAUUUCUUCCGGGUUCCCCUUAAUAUCAUUGUUAUCAGCAUUCUAAUAUUGAAUUUAAAUUCGAAAAUCAUCUUUACAUUUUGCCUUUUCUUUUUGUUAUUGGCCACUUUUUGCCAACAGUGGCUUUACAACUUAUACCUACUUCUUCCCAGAUCAGCCACAACAAAAUCCACAAUGGAACCACCACUGCUACAAUCAAAAGAUGAUCGUCUAUUGCCACUAAGUAUGAAAGAGGAGCCUCUCAGUGUCCAAAAAAUUGAAGCUCUUGAGAGUCAGACAAGUCUUGUGUAG